GCCAGCGGGGAACCUGCUGUGGAGUCAGUAGUCGCCUGGACGUUGGGGAGGAAAGGUUAGUUGUUCGUGUGCGGGAUCCUUCAGUGACCACGCUGUUUCCUGUCAUUACGAGGCAGCACCAGGAAUCAGUUAUCCGUAUCUCUGUACGAUAGUUCUUCAUGUGCCUUAUAAUGCACACUGCUGCAGGAGACGCCAGGACACGUGACCAACACUAGCUUCCCACCGCAGGACACUAACGGCACGCGGGAACCACCUGCUUCACCGCCUCCCUCACGAGCUGCGGUGGUGGAAACACGAGGAAAAAGCAGUGAACGAGUGUCACUGUGAAAGCCAUAUGCAUUAGUUUGUCAGGCGCCCCCCGUCACCUCGAGGUACUCCGCAAGUGGUGACCCGCAUCGCUGUAACAUCACAGCCCCGCCCGCCGCACUUCGGACAACCCUUAGACAGCCAUGGACGUCAGGUGCCCCAGCUUGUUCGGCAGGGACAAUAAAGUGAUAGGGUGGAUGCGGCAUGUCCUCACCGCGAUCUCCGUCUUCCAGUUCGUGGUGGGGUGCUGCCUGCUGGGGUACAUGGCCUGGGUUCUCGCCACCUCCAUCACCGUAUCCCGCUUCCUCUCCGGUACCCUGAUCUUCACCUACAGCGUGAUCGGCUUGGGCAUCGUCUUCUUCACGACCGGCUUGGUGGGCUGGGUGGCGGGAGCGUCCGAAUCCCUCUGUGGCCUCAGACUGUAUCUGUGCAUUCUACUGCUGGCCGUGGCGACUGAAAUAGGCGGCUUGCUGGCCCUCAACAUUCUGCAGACAAGGCUGGACGACAUUCUGAUCAACGGGUGGGCGGAGGUGAACCAGGGAACACGUAACAUUGUCCAGAAUAAGUUCAACUGUUGUGGUUUCUAUGGCCCUAAAGAGUUUGCUUACACCAACUACCCAAUCAGCAAUUCUUGUUACGACACCAUCCAGGAAGUGACUGCUGAAGCCAGCAUAGCAAGUCAGACACUCAAACAGAGUGGGUGUGGGGCUCCACUAAAGUUCUGGCUGGAUGACAAUAAGGCAGUGUGGUGCUCUGUGCUGGCAGUGUUUGGAGGCCUGCAGCUCAUGAGUAUUGUUCUUUGUAUCCACAUCAUCCACAAACUCAAGGACAAGACAGGUUACAAGAAAACCUCUGAAAAGCGGCGCCUCCACAACGAGAAGGGAGCAUACUCUCUAUGAGCAGUUUAAUACUGUAUGCCUAAUGUGUGUGGGUAGGGAUAGUGAGUCAAUAAAAUGGUCAUCAGAGGUCCAUGGCCUGCACACGAGCCACUUGUACACCUGUCAUUAUUUUUAUUAUUCAGGGCUCAUUUUUCCCCCAAAGAGAUGAAGAUGGAAGUGGUCACAAAGAUGUGGUGUGCCUCAGCAAGCCCAAUCUGUGGUGGUGCAGGCAUGCAAGCUCAUAGUGGCAUACCUUAAGUCCCAUGUCAUGUUUGAAUGCCCUGCUUGUUCAUAAAUCUGUUAAUAAAUAAGAUGUCUAAGGCAGCAUAUGGGUAAACCAUCCACACAAUUCAGUAAAGUGCCCCAGGUCACUGCUUUCUCAUGAUAUCAGAAUGCCUUUGGUACAAAAGUACCCUUAGCUGAUCAAAUUUCUUAGUACUACAACUUUGUUUUCAAAAUUAGCUACAUCUUUCCUUUGUAACUUUUGGUAUUUAUCACUUCCAUGCACCUCUCUCUCUCUCUCUGAAUCAUUCUAGUAGAGUAUGUAUUAGUACAGUAGCCUACUAACACAUGCCAAAGUAUAUAGUAUUGUUCAUGACUUCAGUGUAAGUAUUCAUGUCAUACAGAUCUGGUGCAACAAAGUACAUUCACUUGAUUCAUAAAAAAGCUUUCCUGAAUUUUAAUAUAUUUGAGCUGGUUGUUUUAGUGGUGAACAAGAAUGUCUUACUUUUAGCUUAUUAUCAUGUAUCAUUACAUUAACUUAUAGAGGAUCUGAGAAUACUAUAGGUAUAGUUUCAUACAGUAGCUCAUUACAUUACUGAGGAAAUGAUAUGGUAAUCAGUCCCCGAGUCUUUCUUUAAAUACUCAGAAAGGCCACACUGAUGGUGCCAUAGGUUUGAGAACAUUCUUCUUAUUUUUUAUGCUUAGUCUCUCUUCAUCAAGUCAGUCCAUUUUGAUAGUAAAACUCAGCUAGGAAUAUUGAGCUUGCUGUAUGUAUGUAUGUAUUCUGAGUGCUGUCCUUAGUUUGUAAAAUACACUUCACUACAUCACUGAAAGUUAUCAAUUUUACUUCACUCUAGUUUCUCAGCUCCAUCAGAUAGGUGUGAUUCUUGUUCAGGUACUACCACUACUAUGCUAAAAUGCUGGGUGAUGUUACAGCAAUGUAUGUUUCUUUUGAUUUUCAUUGGCAUGUAUUAUAUGCUGAAUGACUUUACUUGUAAACCAGAUAGCACUGAAGUUAUUUGAUGCAACAACAUCUGUGCUGGGUGUGAACCAGAUUACAUAUUGCUGUAUGUAUUGAAUAUAAUGAAAACUUUCAGCACAACACAAACUAGUUACAUUCUAGUGACCAUUUUAUAAACUUUAGAUAAUGGACAAAAAUUUUGAUUAAAGAAACUUGAAACCACAAUCCUAUAGUACAUGAAUGCACACAAAGGUCAUAACAUAAACAGGUUUAUAAUAUAUUGGUGUACUUACAAAAUUGCCAUCAGAAGUACAAAAUGGUCAGAUGCAAGACUUUAUCCUCAAGAAUAAGAAAAAAUAAACAAUAAAUGAAUAAAAUAUUUAUUAUUUUAAGUGCAGUAAAGCAUGUAUAAAGAGUGCCUUCUACCACAUAAAGCAUAGUAUAUAUAGUGUUUAUUGUUUUGUAAUCACCCAAGUGAUGAGUUGGUUGUAAGCCAAGUUAGCUGUUGUAAAAGAAAAAAAAUCUCUAGUUUUGUAUGAUGAAUACCCUGUUGUAUUGUAGUGUGUGUUAAUGGUGUGUAAUUGUGAUUCACAAAGUAUGUUAAAUAAUUUCAACUGCAAAAGAAGUGAGAUGAAUAAUUUUCUGUAGGAGAAAAGUUUUGUUAAUUUUUUUCUUCUUGAUGUCAUCUUACAAGCUCUGUUGAAACUUACUAGCUUGUUAAAUGUGUAUAUAAAGUGUGAAAUAUGUAUCAUAUGUAAUUUGUUGAUUGUAUGAAAUAUUUUUAUAUAUAGGAUAUGCAUUUACACUUAUUAUAUUUUAUUAAAUAUCUAUUAUUAAUAAACAAAAAUGAUAAGUGUAAAA